GCCAGGGCCUGGCAAGCUCUGGGCUUGCUGAUAGGGCCAAUCUCCCUGGAGACAGCGGCCACCUAACGGGAGCUGGGGUGGCACCGCCUCCCCGCGCAGCCUCUCCCCUCCCGCAAAGAACGACUUCUUUCAGCAGCCGCGGUGCAGACGCCAGCCCUGUUUGCAGGUGAGGGGCGCCGCCCAGGACAGCGGGUCCCCAGCCGGCCGCUCUCCCCUGCUGGCUGUUUCUGCCCCUGCCGUGGGCCGGCUCUCACCCCGAGAGAGGAGGACCCGACCCUGCGGCCGGGAUGCACGCGGCCGCCUGUCCCAGCGGGCGUGACGCCGUCCGCGUCUAGCCGUGGGCGCGCGUGGGCGCGGGGGCGCAGCCGCGUCCAGGGGGCUCCUCCCGCACCCCGGAGCCCAGCAUGGCCUCGGCCGCCUCGGUGAGCAGCCUGGCCGAGGAGGUCACCUGCCCCAUCUGCCAGGCCACGCUGCGGGAGCCGGUCACCAUCGACUGCGGCCACAACUUCUGCCGCGGCUGCCUGGCGCGCUACUGCGAGGGCCGGGGCGCGGGCCCGCCGGGCUGCCCGCUCUGCAAGGAGCCCUUCCGCGCCCGGGCGCUGCGGCCCAACUGGCAGCUGGCGGGCGUGGUGGAGCACAUCGAGCGCCUGCAGCCGGGCGCCGCGCCCGGGCCCGCGGAGGAGGCCUGCGCCCAGCACGGCGAGAAGCUCUACUUCUUCUGCGAGGACGACGAGGCGCAGCUGUGCGUGGUGUGCCGCGAGGCCGGGCUGCACGGCGCGCACACCGUGCGCUUCCUGGAGGCGGCGGCGGAGCCCUACCGGGAACAAAUACAGAAGUGUCUUGUGAAUCUAAGAAAAGAGAGAGAGGAGAUCCAGGAAAUUCAAUCAAGAGAAAAUAAGAGGAUCCAGGUCCUGCUGACGCAGGUGGCCACCAAGAGACAGCAGGUGAUGUCCGAGUUUGCACAUCUGAGCCAGUUUCUGGAAGAGCAGCGGGGCAUCCUUUUAGCGCAACUGGAAAAGCUGGACGGGGACAUCCUGGAGCAGCAGGAGGAGUUCGACCGCCUGGUUGCUGGGGAGAUCUGCCGGUUUAGCACGCUGAUUGAAGAGCUGGAGGAGAAGAGUGAGAGGCCGGCCAGCGAGCUGCUGACGGAUAUCAGAAGCACUCUAAUAAGAUGUGAAACCAGAAAGUGCCGGAAACCAGAGGCCGUGUCCCCGGAGCUGGGCCAGCAGAUCCGGGACUUCCCCCGGCGGGCGCUGCCACUGCAGAGAGAGGUGAAGAGCUUCCUGGAAAAACUCUGCUUUGAAUUGGACUAUGAGCCAGCUCACAUCUCUCUGGACCCCCAGACUUCCCACCCCAAGCUCCUCCUGUCCGAGGACCACCAGCGGGCUCGGUUCUCCUACAAAUGGCAGAUUUCACCAGACAGCCCCCAGCGUUUUGACCGGGCCACCUGCGUGCUGGCCCUGCGUGGCUUCACAGGGGGCAGACACACGUGGGUGGUGAGCGUGGACUUGGCCCACGGGGGCAGCUGCACCGUGGGGGUGGCCAGUGGGGAUGUGCAGCGCAAGGGGGAGCUGCGCCUGCGGCCGGAGGCGGGGGUGUGGGCCGUGCGGCUGGCCUGGGGCUUCGUGUCCGCCCUGGGCUCCUUCCCUACCCGGCUGGCUUUGGAGGAGCAGCCCAGGCAGUUGCGGGUGUCCCUGGACUACGAGGUGGGCUGGGUGACCUUCUGCAAUGCCGUCACCCAGGAGCACAUCUACACCUUCACGGCCUCCUUCACUCGGGAGGUCUUUCCCUUCUUCGGGGUCUGGGGCCGAGGGUCCGGCUUCUCCCUGAGCUACUGAGAGGGUGCAGCUGCAAGACUGAAAGCAGGUGCUAGGUGGACUGGAGCCGCUGGCACUCACUUGAAGAUUUGGGGUAGAAAUGGCUGCUUAGCGUGGUGGCCUCGUUGCUAAGGGACACAGCGGCAUAACCUUCAGUCUGCCAUCAGGUGCCCAGUGGGUGCCGAGGGUUCUGGGCAUCAGCUGUGGCCCGCUCUCCUCGCCACCGUCCCCACCAGAGGAGCACUGCCUGGGCGAAGCCUUGUCACCAACCAGCUGUCUGCUUUGUAAGCAAGAAACCUCACCUCUCUUCAUCUUUCUUUGAAGAAUGUUAGAGUUCACUUAUUCAUAUCCUCAGGAACACUUGAUUGUGUGCUGACCAUGAACCAGGCUGUGUGGUAGCCACUGGUGAUCUGAAAUAAUAAAAAGGAAAAGCUUGUGCUGUA